AUGGGAUACACAGAAGGUGCUUGCAGAUUUCAAGACACUUUCCCUCGGUCUUCUCCUUCCCGUUUCCUCUGGGAAAAAGUGCAUGGGCUCUUCUUUGUCCUGGUUACAUGCACAGUGGGUGCCUCUGCUUUCAGGCUCGAGCAAGGGAAAAGCACAGAAAACUGCCCAGAUCACAUCAUCUCUUUCCAUCACUACUAUGAACUUCAUGGAGAACCUGUGGUUCUGAAAUGCCCUUCCCCUAGAUACAAACAUCUGGAUUUUUCUUCCUUGUCCCGUAAUAUCACAUGGUACAAAAAUGAUUCAAAAACCAUGAUAUCAGGAAGAGAUGAAGAUCCAAGAAUCUGGGCAAAAGGAGAUGCACUCUGGUUUUUACCAGCAAGGCAAGAAGACUCAGGAGUGUAUGUCUGUACAAGAAGGAACAACUCCUACUGUGCUGAGGUGUCCAUCCACCUCACCGUUGUGGAGAAGACAGCUGCUCGGGACAUCGCUUAUAUGCAGGUCCUCUUCACUUUUACCUCUGGAAAGAUCAUUUGCCCUGACCUGUGGGAGUUUACAUCAAAUAUAACCAGUCUGGAGCUCAAGUGGUACAAGGAUGCCCUGCCUUUGGAAGACAACAGUGAAAAAUUCGUGUUUCUGAAAGGCUCGAAUUCCCUGAUCUUCACGUCUGUGUUACCAACAGACUCUGGCUACUACACCUGCAAGAUGUCUUUCCCCUAUGAAGGCGUAACGUACAAGAUCACCAGAACAAUCAAGCUGCAGACAGUCGAACAAGAAAAGAGAAUUACCCCGAUAAUCGUGUAUCCAACUCAAAAGACAACAUCAGCUGCUCUUGGCUCCAAGAUGACUCUCCCUUGUAAAGUAUUUGCUGGACCGAGCAGGCAUAUCUAUACUGACGUGGAAUGGUUAGCAAAUGACACCAUCAUUGAUGUGGUUUACAAGCAAAACAGAGUUACAGAGGGGGAACGACAAGAAACCAUAGAAAAUGGUGAGAACUUCAUUGAAGUGCCACUGAUUUUUGAAUCUGUUGAAGAAGUGGAUUUUUAUACAGACUUUAAGUGUCUGGCACAGAACAGAUAUGGCUCCCAAGUACUGCCAACAAGGGUCAAGCAGGAAGCUGUUGGCUUGUCCUGGUACACUGCAGUGAUUCCAGUUGCAUUGGCCUGCGUCAUCUUAGGGGCGAUAUGCAUGCACAAGUGCUGGAAGCAGAGAGCUGACAAAGGAUACACAAUAGCAAAGGACUUAUCAUAGCUGAUUUCCAGGCAGCUUGAGGGCUCUCCAGAGGAGACAACCAGCAAACAACAGUGGUUUCUCAGCUCUCAUCGUUGUAUCCUGGACAGCCUGUGGAUGCUGGAGAUGCGGACUUAUUUUCUGUAGUAGAGAGGAGCUAUCAGCUCAGGGGACACACAGAUGCCCUGCCUUUGACCACAGCUAUUAGUUUACCUGCUGAGUUUAAUCCUGUAAAAUGCCUGAGGAUACACUGUAGAGAAAGGUCAUAAAUUCACAUCUUCACAUCGUCAGAGCCUCGUUUGUGAAUGUUCCCUGUUAGGGAAGAAUAUAUAAGCAAAUCGUAUUCAUUUAUUUUUUUGUUUGUUUAAUCACACUGUUUGUUUAAGGCACAGUGUCACUUAGGAAAUGUGGAAUGCAUGGGUAAGAUGUGUGGAAGAGGGUGGUUUCCUACGGGGAGGGAUAUGAAGUGCUGCAAGGACACUCGGGGGCUGGAGAACCUGUGCAUGUAAAUAUUUCAGCUAAUGAAGGCGAAUGGGAUGAAAAACACAUAACCAAAAUUAAGUUGGCCGCUAAUCACUACACAGCAGUGGGGUCCUGGAAAGAGCUUCUCAGCAGGAGUAAUGGAGAGGAAAAGAAAUUACUUUUAACCUGGAGCUGGGUGCAGCUGUGAAGGGGAUUUGAUGUGUGUGGCAGCAGGGGGUCUGUUUGCAAGGCUGCAUCAUGUCCUGCAGCUUUGUGCUCUUUAUUUCCAUUGGGAAAAAACAAAAACAAAACAAAACAAACAAAAAAAACAGGCUGGAUUGCUGCAGAUACAAAAUCCCAUCUAAGAGUUUAAUUAUUAUGCAAUUAUUUCCUCAACUAAAUCUCCAGUGCCAAAUUUAUACAGCCCUUUCAAGCUUUUAAGGGCUGGAAGAUCAAAAGAAUUAAACAAUGCACACAGUUGCUGUAUGUCUUUGUAGUCAUGUCCAGAGUCCUAAUCUGCUUUAAACUCUUCUUGGCAAUGCCAGUUGCCUUGGAUAAAAGCC